AUGGGCCGAAAAGUACAAAGAUCAUUGAUCCAACUAAUUUUCUUUCUUUGCAUUCUCUUUCUGAUCUUAUACCUAAAUCGCCCGCAAUCAACCAAAGACAAACUUUUUGCCUGGACAAAAAUUCGCUACAAAACAACCUCAUCCAUCAUCCCGGAAGCCCGCGGAAUCUGCCCAGGCCUAGCAGAAACAACCAAGCCAGCCUUGAUAGUCUCCCAUGUCUCCACCGACGGUGACCCAUCCUGGCUAGAACCCCUCCGCACACAGUACCAUGUAUGCAUGUACCAUGUGGACGCGCCAGCAGACAAAACAUCCAAACUGCUUCAAGUUCCCGCAAAUCGUGGACAUGAAGCAAUGGCCUAUCUAACCUUCCUAAUCGACAACUACGCGGACAUACCAUCCGCCGGCGCUGUUUUUGUGCAUGGCAGCCGCUGGGCUUGGCACAACGACAUCCCGGACUACGACAACGCUGCGCUCCUCCGCAACCUGAAUGUCCGCGCCGCGCUGCAGCCAGCUGGGUAUAGCAAUCUACGCUGCGACUGGAGUGCCGGAACGUGUCCUUCUUCCGUGCCGCCGCAGGGCAGUCUUGAGACAAGGCUGUCAAGUGCUGUAUCGCCGUGGAAUCCACGCGCGGCAUCGGAUUUAGCACUGCCAAAGGCGCUUGGCCAUAUAUUUGGCGGGGAUGCCGACGCACGUGUCAAUGAGAUUCGCAGUGCCUUCCAUCUCUAUCUUGGUCGGAAUGACGCCGUGCGCGCGCAGUGCUGUGCCCAGUUUGUUGUUUCCCGCGAGCGGGUCUGGCAGCAUAGCCGGGAUGAGUAUAUUGCGCUUCGGCAGUGGCUACUUGAUGGGAGUGACGAUGGGGUUGCACGGAAUGUUCAGCGUGGCUCUAGGGCUGCACCUGGUGAUGACCUUGUGGCUGGUCGAAUCCUUUCGUACCUUUGGCAUAUUCUUUUCGCGAACUAUGGGGAUGAUGGGGCCAUUGAUCUUGACCAGUUGAAUCGCGAUGCUUGUCCCAGUGCUUCCGAGUGUUAUUGUCGAUUGUAUGGCAAGUGUGAUUUGAAGUGCCGGGGUCCAGGGAGCUGUAAAGGGCAAUAUUCUAUGCCUAAGAACUUCAAACUACCCGAGGAUUGGGAAAAGACGCAUUCAUGA